CCAUUCACCCUCACCAUGAGCUCUGCGUCGCGACGAAAGGUGCUGCUCAUGGGCAAGAGCGGCAGCGGCAAGACGUCGAUGCGCUCCGUCAUUUUCUCCAACUACACGGCUAAAGACACGCGGCGGUUGGGAGCCACUAUCGACGUCGAGCAGAGCGCUGUCCGGCUCUUGGGUUCUCUAGUGUUGAACCUGUGGGACUGCGGUGGCCAAGACGCCUUCCUUGACAACUACCUCAGUGCGCAGCGCGAUACAGUGUUCUCCAACGUCGCCGUCCUCAUCUAUGUGUUCGACAUCACGAGCACCGAGUGGGAAAAGGACCUGCACUACUUCGAGGACAAUGUCACGGCUUUGCGCGAGAACUCGUCCGAGGCGGGCGUCUGGGUGCUCAUCAACAAGAUGGAUCUUGUUGACAAAGACGAUCCGAAACGCGUAAAGUACGCCGACUACUGUGAGCAAGUGCGUGCGCUCAACGCGCGCGUGAGCGCCGACGAGCCUGCCGCCGGCUCCCUGCGUUGCUUCCCAACCAGUAUCUGGGACGAAUCGUUGUAUAAGGCAUGGUCGUCUGUCAUCCACACGCUCAUCCCCAACAUCGACUUGAUCACGACGCACCUCAACUUCAUGCGAGACCUGCUCGGUGCCGCCGAAUGUGUCGUGUUCGAGGCUGAGACGUUCCUCGCCAUGGCCAAGAGUGGGUCACCGAUCGACUGCGACCCCUCAGAGCUGGAGGACGUCGAAGUGGCGCGCGGCGUGCCGCACCUUGACCGGCAGCGGUUCGAGAAGAUCAGCGAAAUCGUCAAGAGCUUCCGAAAGACGUGUCAGCGUACUGGCGAGGUGUUUACGGGCUUCGAGACAGCGUUUGACGGCCUCUGUGUCGUCCUGGAACCCAUGAGCAAGAACACUUACAUUCUCGUCGUUAGCGUUGACCCGCGCGUUCGUGAGUACCCUCCUUUUGACUCAAGCUCACAUUAGAUGCCGGCAUGAUCAAGUACAACAUAGCAGAGGCACAUCUGCACCUUGCAGAGGUCGGGACAUGGACGACGUUCACGCGCAAGUGCAACGUCUGCCGCGAUUCGAUCAAGAGCAUGCCAGACCUGACGUACUCGCCAAAAGGCGAGGACGACCCUAAAGUGCGCGCGUGGGACGAUGUCGGCAUCAACGUCAAAGAGCGGGCAUAGGAUAAUGUGUACAUUAUUGUAGCGUAGAGGUAAUACAUGUGCUGUGCAUAUGGCAGAGCGUUGAGUGAAGCAUUAGAGGCAAAAAAAUAA